UUGUACAAUUUUACAAAGCUUAACGAUUAUUUAGAUGUUGAUCCAAACUCUGACAUCUCUCUAAUUCGAGGAAACAUAAUGGUUGGCAUCCCGGGGCGAUCUAAAGCCUGCCUUACCUGCUUGAGGCGAAGAAAGGCAUGCGAUCUACGGCGUCCCGGCUGCAAACAAUGCCAGAGGCUCGGCCUCGAAUGUAAAUGGUUUAAGCAUCAGACUAUUUUCGUCGAGGCAAAUGUCAGAACAACUCUCGACCCCAAUGGAAAAAACCGCACUUUAUUAAUAUCAUCCACUUCGUCGAGCACCCCGCGUCAGCAUUCUCUUCCAGAGGCUACACUCGGUCGACUUACACACUCGCUACAGCGCUCAACAACCCAAGCUCAACACAUAAGCCUAUUCCUGGAAGGCUAUCUGCCAAAGAGCCAAAAUGCCUUGUCCAAUAUUCCUAAUUGCUCUACGGUAAGCUGGAUUGUAACAGCUUGUGCAGAAUCCAAUCAUGAUGAUAAGCAUGUCAUGUUUCGACUCGCUGUGAUUGCCUGCUCUCUAUGUAUGCUUGGCUUUGAGCAAGGGAACGAUGGAAUCAUAAGAGAAGGCCGUCUUACCUACGGUCGUGCAAUACUGCAGUUGAAGGAGGGAUUGAAAAACGUAAAUGACACCAACAAGCUAGCUCUCGUUAAAUCAGCAAGGAUGCUAAGCCUCUUCGAAAUACUUUUUGGUUUGGAAAACCAGCUCGACAGCGCACAAGGACAGGCCUGGACUUUUCACAACCACGGCGAACUAAAUCUACUACUCAGUGGCAAUCCUCAUAUGUACAAAAGUGGUGAAGCGCAUCAGGUAUUUGCAGAUGGCAGAUUGCAUCUCGCUGCUGCAAAUAUCUACACAAGAAAGUCUUCAGUACUGAUAGCAGAGCAGUGGAAAACAGUGCCUUGGCUGGGGCGAUCCAAAACGCCGAAGGAUCUUUUGUUGGAUUUAUUCAUCGAAAUACCAAGGCUCUUCGAAACAUUAGACACACUUCGUACAAGAAGUCAGUAUGACGACGAACAAGAGCUCAUCCAGCCUCUAAUGGCAGAUUGUCGCCAACUUGGUAACGAACUUAAAUCUUGGUACCUCAAAACGGGGUCGAAAACCGAGUCUCAUGUCAGGAAGGCGAUGGUUGAGAAAGACGGACGAGCAUCUGUGGAACACCUGGCCAGCGCCCAACUCAUCGUUUUAUAUUGGUGCUGCCUUCUUCUGUGUACUGAGCUGCAGCGAGCCCUUGCAGAACGCUAUGAGUCAUGCAUAACUGCCGAGAUCCUCAAUACCAAGGACCUGCAGACCAUAUGCGGCAAUAUUUUGGAAGUGAUAGCCAUUUUUCUCAACCCCCACUCAGGAUGGUUCGGAGCAAAUCUUGCUGCAUGCCCACUUCUUCUAGUUUAUAAUCAAAUCGAACGAAAAGCACAUAUGGGGCUCAUGGAAAAAGAAAGUUUUAUGUUACGAAAUAUCCUAAAUACCGCCAAAGGAAAGAUACUGGGUGCAUUUAUUCGAAAUGCAACGUGGUCUCGUGUAACGAAGCCUUCUGUGAGCCGUUACUUUGCUAAUUAG